GUCUCUGCACGGACGCUUGCUGGGGAUUGGAACGAGGAAGCACACCAGGGCACAAUUAGGGAGCACGAUGAUCGGCUUUCCGUGACGACAGCGCUGGCCACAAAGGUGCGCAAUGCUCAUUGAAGAGGUGCACGGCGAUGCCUCGUAGACUUGGCAGCACUGAGCAAGAAGUUGAGGUACGGUAUCGGCUAGCUAAUAGCCAUCCAACCAAACCAUCGGAAACAUGGGUAUUCUCGAUGGCCUUGUCAAGGGUGUUGCCAUGGCGACUGCCGCGGGCGUUGGGACUCGCUACCUGUUGGCCAAGGCCCCUCCUAUCGUCUGUACCGCGGGAACGAUCGGGGGCGCGACGAUGGGACUGCUGUGCUACAGCCGAGUCUGGGUUCAAGGAUACUGGAUCGACGAAACUUGUCGAAUCCAACGCGAUUUGACAGGAAGUUGCGCAGUUGUUACCGGAGGAACCGUGGGAGGAAUUGGGUUUGCCGCUGCAGAAAUGUUGGCGCAAAAGGGAGCCACCGUCAUUGUCACUUGUCGAAGCCAAGCCAAGGGCCAAUCCGCUGUAAAGCAAUUAAGAGAAGCAUGCGGCCACAAUAAGAUCCAUUACGUGCUAGUGGACUUUUUGUCCAACCAAUCCGUCCGAGAUGGAGCCGCAGCUAUUGGAAAGCUCACGGAUCGCCUGGAUUUUCUCAUCUUGAAUGCAGGCAUUGCCUCAGGACCCCACGAAAAUAUUUGGCAGACGAAUCAUAUUGGACCCUUUUUGUUUACCCAAGAGCUUUCCAAGCUACUUAAUGACACCGCCAAGAAGCACGAUGUUCGGGUAGUGUCGGUCUCUUCAGGCGCCCACAAGAACGCACGAAUUCACUGGGCCGAUCCUUUUCGCAUCCCUCCUGAACAACGCAAGCUCUUUGGAGGGGCCUAUGGCCAAAGCAAACUGGCCAAUAUCCUUCACAUGAGGGAGCUCCAACACCAUGUCGAUGCAAAGUGUUUUUCCGUGACGCCAGGAGCUGUUAAGACCAACAUGCUCUUGAAGGAAGUUCCCACGGUGGCGCACCCGCUCCUCUACUUUGUCUUGAGGAGCCCCGCCAUUGGGGCACAAGUGAUCCUAUCGGCCUGCCUGGACCCCGGCAUCCCCAGCGGAUCCUACCUCAGCAAUUGUCGCGUCAAGGCGUCGGAAGGAUUCGAGUCCUGUUCCAACGACGAAGCUCAAGCGAAAAAGUUGUGGGAGCUCACUGAACGCCAAAUCAAAGAGAAUAGGUUUCCAUGACACCUAUCCAUGCAUAAAUGAAACGAUCCAGCCAUGAAGUAAUGAAGGAAAUGGUUCCCAAUUACGUAGUUCUAGCUACUAGCUAGCUACCCAGGCAGACAUGCUAUGUGGAAUCGUAGCGGUACUAGUAGCUUCCGUAGCUAAUUUCCCUACUCUAAAACCCCCCUGUUUGUUUGGUUCGGCGCCCAACUCUUUCUGGAUAUUUGAUACCCUGAACUCUACUGUAUCAUUGUAAAGAUCCAAAGAUCCAUGUUCUUCUCUCCUUUGGCUUCUCGACGACGCUCUAAAAAAAAGGACACUUCGGUUAAA